ACGUUUGCGUCAACGAGAGGAGUAGAACCUGAUAACGUUGCAAAUCAACAACCACCAAUUGACUUAUGUCCAAACGAUCCUUCUAGUUCUUCAGAUGAAUAUUCAGGGAAAAAGCAAUAUGGUCAACAAGACGGUGAAACUAUUCGCAAGUUUCAAGCUAAUGAAUCUUUAUCCAAUGAACAUCAAGAACGAAAGAAGUCAGAAAACGUAAUUUCAACCGGUAUAGACCAACUAAAGAAUGCAUCCGAAUGUAAAGACUUGAUAGUACGUAUUCCUGGUUUAUAUCGUUUAUUAGACUUAUGCAAAGACGAUGGUUCGAAUGGUCUUGUCGAUAAAACGAUUAUCUCCAAGGAGUUUAUAAAGAAACUAUGCGAUGAUAUAGUUCCAUCAAGUUUUAAAUCUAUUUCUGAAAUCAAUUAUGCAGAAUUGAACUCAAUUUCUGUUCGCCUUAUUGGAUGUUACGGAAAUCGCCAUUUAAUUUCAAAACUCUUGUUGAAUUUAGAGAUUAUUGAUCAAGAAAUAUAUGACUUGCUUAUAGUUUCGCAGCCUUCUAUCGACAAUUCAAAUUUACGUCCUGGUAUUUAUUUACUGGUUGUGAAUUCAGAUUUUGGUUUAGUUAUUCAUUGGCCCGAAGUAGGAUGUUACGAGGAAAAUACUCCUUCACAAUGUAAAAAGAAUAUGACUAACCUACAUAGUGGUUCAGACGACGAUAAAGGGUUUCAUGAAUAUGAAGUCAAGAAAAGUCAGGAAGUACAGGAAGACCUUAAAUUCUGUUCCGGCUUUAAGGUGGAUUUAUCCAGUAAAAUAAAAGCUGAAUUAAUAAAUACUCAAGAAGAUGGUGUACCUUUACAUCCUAUUAUUGUUGAAUCUGCAACAAACCAAUCGUUUGUUACCCAACGAUUAAUAAAGAAGAAUUCUCGUUUUAAAGAUUUUACACCUAUUGUUACUGGAGAUGAAAUGUCACAACUACUUCAAUCCAGAUUACAAGGACGCCGAUUAUAUAUUGAUCGUGAAAGUAUGGACAUGAAAUCAUUAGAAAUUCUGAUAAUACAUGGAUUAAAAAUGGUAGAUGAACUUUUGGUACCAUAUCAUAGUGAAAUAGAAGCUGCAAAAUUACAGAAUGAAGAAAAAAAGAAACAAAAAAUUGAAAUUAUGAAAAAGGAUAGUGAAAUAAUUUUAAAUUUGGCAUGGAAAAAAUCACGUGAUCGUUAUAGGCCUUUUGAAGAGUUUGAAAGUAAACUUGCGAAAAUUACGCCUUCACGGGAAAAUAUAAUUCAUAUAAGCGAUAAGGAAGGUCAAAUUGAUGAAGUAACUAAAAUCAAUUCCAAAAAUUGGAAUAAAUUGAAAAGUCGAUAUAUUUUAACUUCGACAAUUAUUUUUGAUAUAUUGGAAAUGACUAAAGAAUCUGCAAUACAAGUUUUUUAUAAUGUAUUCGAAGAAACCGAUCAAAAAUCAUUCAUUUAUCGUCUCUCUUUUAAAAAAUUUAAUAUAAAUUCUGUUCAACAGAUUAUAAAGUCCAAAAAUCUGGAUGUAAAUUCUGUACAAGACCUUAUUGAUUUCAAGAAUAUAUCAGAUGAAAACUUUGUACGAGAACUUAUUGAUUCUCCAUUUAUUCGAGAAGAAGGACAAAGCUUAGCAGAAGUUUUCUUUGAAGAAUACAAAAUUUGGAGAAAUUCUCUAUCUAAAAACGUUAAAAAAAUUCUGAAAGAUGAUUCUCUCUUUCAACAAUUAAAACUUUACUUUAGCGAAAAAUUUGGACAAGAGCUACAAAAAAUUGAAUCUCGUGAAUUCAAUAGAAUUUGCAAUGAGAUAGAAGAAAAAUAUCAAAAUAAUGGAACUAUGCAGAUGAAGAUAUUGCGCAUAGCAGUAUAUAACUUAUACUCUAAUGAUUUUUCGUCAUGCGAUUCUUUCUUAUUCAAUCAUAAGCUUGAAGUAAUUGAGCCAGAUCAACUUCAAAUAACAAUUUAUGAAACAUCAUUAAAAGAGUCGGAUACUUUUCAACUUCGUAAUGAAGAGCAUUAUAUUCCAAAUCCAACUUUGCUUUCAUAUAAUAUUUUUGGUCCAUUUGGCGUAACUUUUCAGAUUGAUCCUGCAAUUUACGAUUUCAAAAAAAUAUCCCAAUUUGAGAAUCGCAAAUUUCUUAUUGUGCUUUACAAUAAAAUAAACAAACAAAUUGAAUUAUACUUUGAUACUGCUCAACGGUUAGCAAAAAGUUUUAAAGCAUUCAAAGCAUUAAAUAUGGACGAUAAUUUUCUUAUUGCAAUUAAUGAACCAAUGGAAUUAAUUGCAAUAUAUAAUACAAAUAAAUUUGUGUUAAAUGUUUAUUCUUUUAACGAUGGACAAAAAUAUUUAUAUGCUCGAAAUCCAAACGUCCUGUUAAAACAAUG